AUUAGAUCGUAGUUCAUCAUAUCAGAGUACUACAAUAAAAACAGAAACAGAUGAUGUACUAGCAAGCUCAAGUGCUAUAUAAAUAUCUUAAUCAAUAGGCAAUAUACCACUGACUGAAAAAUAUAUUGUAAUAGUUUUUGUUAUCUUAUUUUAUUUAUUAAUACAAAUAUGGAAACACCAAUUAUCAACUUAACAGAUCUUGAAGCAGAAAAUGUUUACGAACCAUCAGAAGAUUCAUUUUUACUUAUAGAUGCCCUAGAAAUAGAUUUAGAACAAUUAAAGCAUAGACAACCAGCAAUAUGUUUGGAAAUUGGUACAGGAUCUGGUGUUGUGAUUAGCGCUCUAGCAAUGGCCUUAAAAAAACAUUGUUUAUCAUAUUUUCUUGGCAUUGAUAUAAAUCCUCAAGCUUGUAAAGUUACUAAAAAGACAAGUGCUAUAAAUAAUGUAAAUGUUGAAGUUGUUCAAAUGGAUUUGUUGAAUAGUAUUCAGGCUAAGCAUAUUUUUGAUGUGAUUAUAUUUAAUCCGCCAUAUGUGGUCACUGAGUCAUUGGAAGUUUUUGAUGAUAAACUUAUCAGUAAAGCAUGGGCAGGUGGCAACAAAGGCAGACAAGUAAUGGAUAGAUUAUUCCCGUGGAUUCCAGCACUUUUAUCAGAAAAUGGUCUCUUUUAUUUAGUAGUAAUCAAAGAUAAUGAACCACAUAAUAUUAUCAACAUUUUUAGAGAGUUAAACAUGACUGGCACUAUAAUUGCUGAACGAAAAAUUAGGGGAGAACAUUUAUUUGUUUUAAGGUUCCAGAAAAAAGAAGAAAUGCAAAUGCAAUAGUAGUUCAUAACGUGUUUGAGGAAAUGGGACCAAACCUCUCGUGGUUUUAUUUGUAAGAAAUUGUUUUUAAGAAAGGUCGAAAUUCUUUUUUACUGCUAUUUAGAAUGCGUGUAUAGAAACUAUUCUGUAAAUGUGAAUGUUUACAUGUCCUUUUUAUGGAUAUAUGAUUUGCAUUGAUGAUGCAACCAUGUAUUGCCAAUGUAUCCAACAAAUUUAUUUUAAAAUAGAAUCUCUAUUUGACAUUUCUACAUAAAAUUGAUGUAUUUGUAAAUAAGUGA